AUGGACGGCUAUGUCGCUGAAUUCAACAUGUGGUUACGCAAUAGCAACGCGACACUUCAGGAGUUUUCCAACACCAAUGGCUUGCUCCCAGGUACUCCGCUCGAUGUCUUGGUCGACCGGGUGCGCCGUAUAAGAGACCAAGGGGAUCAGUUCUGGAACUCCGACGGCCGCUCCCCAGACCAAGAUCUUAGUGAACUCCUUGGUCCGCCCCGCGGGUCUGGAAUACAUGGCCAAAUAACCGACAUACUAAACAAUCUCAACCGUCGCCGCGUAUUUCCAGAUGUUGAAGACGGACCCUCGCUCACCGAAAUAGCGCUUGCCAACAACAGCAUUCCCAAUUUUGUGCUUCAAGUUAUUCUGGCGCACGAGCUUCGCAUGCGCAUGCUUCAUUUACCGGGUGUUGUGUUCGGCAACGUGAGUCGCAGAAUCGUCGCAGCCUGCCAGGCAUCCGAGAGAUGGAUUAAUGGCAUGGAUUUAAGAUACCCCGAUCCUAAAGGACAACCUACCUAUCUCGAGCUACACAGCCGUGUACAUGAGCGGCAGGUUGAGGGGCUUGUCCGAUUCGCUGAGACCAUGGCAUGGCCCGCGCUCGGGGAGAUGCGAAGAUUUACAGAAGAGGUCUAUUCUGAUAUCAGGUCGGGCGGAUCUACGAAUCUUUUUUUAUACGAUUGGCUCUUUGGUUUGACGCUGCCUGGACGGAAAUUUGUCAAUACCAUUAUGGCAUCCCUAGUGGCGGCGACUCCAUCUCUAGCUCAUCUUGACCAUGCUAGAUACUAUAUUUCAGGCCUAGUGGUCGGAGAUAGAUCAUAUUGGCGAACGAAAUCCGUUCUGGGCCGCGUCCUUGGAGCGAUGAAGGAGACUAGAGCAGCUAAUGGCUGGGUCGGGCCGUUUCCGAGGCCAGUGGGGCUAAAAGCAGAGGACAUUGCAGACGGUUGGUCGCACGUUCAUGCAAGAGACGUGAGCUUCAACAACCAUCUCUUUUCCGAAGAUCAGUCUGACAAUAGUGAACGAUUUCUCGCGUUCGGGCAUCGCGAAGAAUCAAGCGCGUCAUCUUGGCUUCCGGGGCUUGCAGAUCGUUCGAAAUGGGUUGUUCCCGUUGGGCCUUCUAAAUCGCCCGAUAAAGUUGAUUUUCGUGCUAUAAAGUUGAAAACAAUGCCAAUCGACGGGAAAUCUGAUGGAGAGGAGAAAGAGCCACAGCAAAGAGCAAUCUUGGAGUUGUUGAUCAACGAACAAUCUGUCGAAUUCACGCUCUACAGUAAUCCGGUCUUUGUUACUGUACCAAAGUGUAUUGACGGACCACACGCUGCGCAUGAAGAUGACCUACCGAAGAUGCAAAAUAUCUUGAGCGUCAGUCAGCUACCAGGACAUGCUCAUAAUGACAGGAGGGUACUCAUCAUUGACGCGACUGGACAAGGAGAGUGUGAGCUGGCCGCACGAGCGUGGUGCUCUGAGAAUGGACAACAUGCAGUACUGGCGAGAGGCAACGGGACUUGCUUUGGAUGUGCGAUCAGGACUGCUAGUCAAGGCGCUCUCGCCGUCGGAUGUCUAAUUUGGACAGGUUAA